AUGGCGUCUCAGCCCAGCCUGCCUUCAGUUCAUGCGGCAAUCUCCGCACGUUCCUCGAUGGACGCAGAUCUGUUAGACUCGGCGCUUAAGAUCCUUGAGACCACUGCGCAGCGACUCAACUCCUUGAAAAGCUCUACACUCUCGAUUGACCAAGACCAGCUGGAUGACAUUGCUACCGAGUAUUACAUGCUUCGAGUUCGCCUGGAGUUUCUCAAGUGUCGCCCUGAUAUUGCCGAUCAUUUAUUUGCGAAGGCGCCACUAGCGAAUCGACUCGGAAACCGAGACCUCGUUAUCGAAACUUGCUACAAUGCUGGAAUCGGCGCACUGGUCACAGACCCUAAUGUUGCCACUAUGUGGUUACAACGAGCUGUUGAGCAAGUCGAGUUGUCCAUCGCAAAGAACGAGACAACGUCCGGUGAUAUCGGAAUCUGGAAUAUUCGGUGCCGCGCGACACUUGUUCGUGCAUACCUCGCCACGAAGAACGUUACUAGAAGGAAAGACAUCGAAAAGGAGAUGGAGAAUCUGAAGAGGAGUAACAGCGACGCCCUUUCCGUCCUGGUUCUUGAAAUUGAGGUCAUCCGUCAGAAUGAAACCCCAGAUUGCCAAAGACUUCUCGAAGUUUUGAAGUCGAUUAUGAAAUGCCCAGGCCUGACUGGUCAAGGAUGGGAGCUGGUUUCCAACUUCGCGAGGGCUUUGUGGGAUCUGAACCCGGACAUUGCCACGGAGGCCUUCCACUCGAUGCUAUCCAAUGUCCCAUCAGAGAAGACAGAAUUUCUUAGAAGAACGUUCCUUCGGCUGGUUUCGCUGUCAAAUUCCCUCGCAAAAAACUCGCAUACAUGCAUUCAUGCCGUCCGCAAGGGAGCUCAAAUCCUGGGUAGUCGCCCUGAUGUGGAACUGGGCGAAGAUAUUGUUCAGGCGGUGGUUAUGCUCAUCUGGAAGCGCAUUGAAGCAGAAGUCGCAAUUUCUUCCUUCGACAUUGCAGAGCAAUGGUGUCUUCAAAUCCUGGAGAACAACAUUCUCGAUCGCCUUUCCGAUUAUAACCGACUUGCGGUUCUGAAGAAAUACACGAUUGUCGCGCUUGGCUGUUCCGGAGAAUACAAGGCUGAUAAGGUUAAUAACGCGAUUGAGAUGAUGAUCCAAAUUCCAGGCGGUAACACCGACGAACACGUCUUCUUUCUUCAAUUUCGACACCAUCUACGGAAGAAUAGAUGUGGCAGAAUCUCCAAAGCAUUCCUCGAAGCAUUGCUAGAGAUUUACGAAGAGCUGAUAUCUGACAGUGAGGAUCUUUUGUAUCUGUGCACAUGGGAGGCCUCUCUAGGAUGCAUGCCGGAAGCAGUUAUACAAUGCUUAGAUCUGGUCUUUCAGAAUGCGUUUGAAGGGCGACUUUCUGAAUUCGAUCAUAUGCUUGCACUUACUAUACUCUUUCGUGAGUUCCGACGGGGCCACUACUGCAAGGAGUAUGUGAAUAUGACAAUCGACAUUUUCGAAAGAUUGGCCGGUAAAAAUACGUGGGAUGAGAAUCCUGAUGAAGACCUCGCCCUUUUAUUUCAACCCAGUGAAGUUGAAUGGAUGGUUUCAAACGGCUUUGAUCUAGCAAUACAUCUUUUCGAGAGCAAGGUUGAUUUUGUAAUGAUUUAUUGCUUUGUGGAUGAUAUGCUCGGUGUUCUUCUCUCCCAUCACGAAGCCGAUAUUUGGCCCCCAGACGAGGUUACAUAUGACCUGUCAUCGAAUGUCGCAAAAAUAAUCGUCUACAUACACUAUCUCGAGAGCGCGAUUCGAAUUCGGAGAUUCAAUGCAAGCACAGAAAAAGAUGUCAAGGAGCAAAUGUAUGACCAUCUACCCGGCAUAGUCCGGCGGACUUUCGGUGGAUUCCUCGACGACUCAACAAGACUACCAGAAAGCCUUGCGGACCUAAUCCAAUGGUCUACAAUUGGUGUUUUCCAAUAUUCACGGGAUGUUGGGUGCCUUCUUCGCAAGGGUAUCCUUAGUCUCAUCCUUCUCGAUGAGCAAUCUAUCCCGAAGCAGAGAAGACUAGAAAUAGUCCUGGCCCUCAUCGAAUUCUACUACGAAUCUGAUAGCAGCUGUCCAAGCUUGAGAAAAUAUCUCCCACGCUGGCUACGGAUCUAUUAUGAUCUUUGCUUUUCUGAUGAAGCAGAUGAUCAGGUAUUCGAUCCAGAAGAAUUUGACAUGGAUGGUGAAUAUCCAAUGUUAGAUAAAGACUGUCUCCAUCUUGCAGAAUGUGUUCUGAACCAAGUACUUUGCCUUAUGGAGGACGAGGAAUAUCUCAAAGGCCACACGCAUCAGGCAUCUCACCUCGUGACGGAUUCGGAGACCGGAGAUGUCAAAUCAACUCCUUGCGAGCAGCACACGUACCCGGAUGACGAACUCGAAUACCUCGCUGUGCGGGCUUUCAACCAAGCCCUUGAUUACUUCGCUGAGGGAAAGGAUGAGGAUUGCAAGCGGUGGGCUUCGAAGUCGAUUAGACUGGCCGAAGGGAUGGGAGAUCAAAAAGGUGCAAGUCUUGCAGAGGAUUUCCGUGGUCGGCUCAAGACGUGUUUAUCUUGA